GCUGAAAAGAAGGCCAAGCAGGAGAAGAAGGCCGACAAGAAGGCCAAGACCAAAGCAUCCAAGAUCGACGGGAGCGAUGCCGAGGAUGUCGACCUGGACGAGGUGCUGGCCGAGUACCAGCGUGCGCAGGAACAGUUCCUCAAGAUCACAGAGGUCGUGGCCGAGGGCCCGCCCAAGCCGCGGUCUGCCUCGUGCUUCCUCGCCAGCCCGUCCAACAGCAACCAGCUGCUCCUCUUUGGCGGCGAGUACUUCAACGGGGCGCUGGCGACCUUCUUCAACGACCUGCACAUCUACCACAUCGACCGCGACGUGUGGAAGACGGUGACGAGCCCCAACGCACCGCUGCCCCGGUCCGGCCACGCGUGGUGCCGCGGCGGCAACCAGGCCCAGUACGUCUACCUGUUUGGCGGCGAGUUCUCCAGCCCCAAGCAGGGCACCUUUUACCACUACAACGACUUCUGGCGCCUCGAGCCCAACACGCGCGAGUGGAUGCGCCUCGAGCCCAAGGGCAAGACCCCGCCCGCCCGCAGCGGCCACCGCAUGACCUACUUCAAGCAGUACAUCAUCCUCUUUGGCGGGUUUCAGGACACGGCCAACAGCACCCGCUACCUCGCCGACCUGUGGCUGUAUGACACGGUCAACUUCGUGUGGUUCUCGCCCACGCUGCCACCCGCCCAGCUCAAGCCCGACGCCCGGUCCAGCUUCACCCUCCUCCCGCACGAGCAGGGCGCCGUGCUGUUUGGGGGCUACUCGCGUGUCAAGGCCACCACGGGAAAUGCAGGCGGCGGCGGAGGAGGGAAGGGAAAAGGCGGCGGUGGUGGUGCGGGAGGUGCUAGGAACGUGCUACGGCCCAUGGUCCACCAGGACUGCUUUUUCCUGCGUAUUACGCCGCCCGCGUCCGAUGCUUCUGCGGCCACGCCGCCGACAGUGCGAUGGGAGAGAAGGAAGAAGCCUGCGAAUGCGCCGGAGCCGAAACGGGCGGGUGCCACGAUGGCGUAUCACAAGGGUAGAGGGAUCAUGUUUGGCGGUGUGCAUGAUGUUGAGGAGAGCGAGGAGGGAAUGGAUAGUGAGUUCUUCAAUGGGCUCUUCGCCUGGAACAUAGAGCGGAACCGCUUCUUCCCGCUCACGCUGCGGAAGCCGAGGGCACAGAAAAAGGCGACUGGUAAUGAGGAGAGGGUCGGACGGCGGGGUCGUGCCCAGGCCAAGGAGGAGGAACUGCUGCGGCAGCUUGCCGCACUCGAGACGGGCAAGAGCAUCGAGGACGCCGAGGACAUGGCGCUGGACAAGAAGGAAGCCGAGGAGAGCAAUGAUGACGAAAAGCCAGUGCGCGACAUGCCGGUCACCAUGGAGUUCCCGCACCCGAGGUUCAAUGCCCAGCUCGCGGUCCAGGACGACGUGCUGUAUAUCUACGGCGGCACGUUUGAAAAGGGCGACCGGGAGUUUACGUUUGACGAGAUGUAUGCAAUCGACCUCGGGAAGAUGGACGGGUGCAAGGAGAUCUUCAGCCGGCAGACGGAGGACUGGAUUGUGAGUUCCUCCUCGAGUGACGAUGAGGAGGACGAAGACAUGGAGGAUGAAGAGGAUGAGGAUGAAGACGUUGAGAUGCAGGAGGAAGACAACGAGCAGCCCAAGUACACGGCCAGCAAGCGCAAGAAGAAACAAGGCGAAGUGGCCAGUAUGGAUGCAGACACCGCCUCGGAGGUAUCGACACCAACAAGUGCUACUUUCGAGGAAGAAGAAUCCGAGGCAGACACGACCGUCACAUCAGUAGACGAUGGACUACCGCAUCCUCGGCCCUUUGAGUCGAGAAGAGACUUUUUCCAACGCACAUCAGCAGAAUGGCAGGAAGUGCUCAUGACCAGCCUGCGGUGGAAGGGCAUCAAGCCCGAGACGCUAACGAUCAAGGAGAUCAAAUCGAGGGCCUUUGAGCUGAGCGAGGAGAAGUGGUGGGACUGCCGGGAGGAGAUUACGGCCCUUGAGGAUGAGCAGGAAGCUGCUGGUAUCAGUGAGAUCAUCUCGUUGGCCGACCGGGGAGGAGGUGGUGGCGGCGCUGGU